UAUAUUUCUGUGCUCCCGAAAGGUGAAAGGUUGUGGGAGGAGAGCAACAACAAGUGAUGUCAGUGGAUGAGGCCGGCUGAAGGCAGCAGAAGCUAGUUGUCUGUGCAGGGGUUCCUUCUCCAUCUUCCUCCUCCUUGUCUCCUCCAUCUCUCCAGCAUCAGUACCAACAUCAUGCCUGAUCAGCCAAAGGAGAACAUCUUUCUUUUUGUCCCUAAUCUUAUAGGAUAUGGCCGCAUCAUCUUGGCAUUGGUGGCCUUCUAUUAUAUGCCGUAUGACCCUGUUAUCGGCUCGAUAUGCUACAUCACCAGUGGGAUGCUGGAUGCUGUGGAUGGGUAUGCUGCUCGCGCACUCAACCAAUCCAGUCGUGUUGGUGCGAUGCUGGACCAGUUGACAGACCGUGUGGGGACCUGCGGGCUGCUGAUGGUGCUGUGCAUGCUGUACCCCCGCUGGGCCAUCGUCUUCCAGGUCAGCACAGCCCUGGACAUCACCAGCCACUGGAUACACUUCUACAGUAGUACAUCUCUGCUGAAGUCUGCCAGCCACAAGACUGUAGACUAUGGCAGCUCUAUCCUCAAGCUCUAUUAUACCUCACGGCCCUUGCUGUUCUUCAUGUGUAUGGGCAAUGAGACUUGCUACACCAUGCUAUAUCUGUGCUACUUCACUCCGGGACCAUUCCUGUUUCCAUUCCUGGAGGUGGGGCUGUUUGACCUCCUGUUCUUCGUGUCCCUCCCUGUCGCCAUCGCUAAGGCCUUCUGCAGCUGGCUGCAGCUGAAGGGAGCCAUGUGUGCCAUCGCUGACGUGGACGUUGAGGAGAGAAAACAGCUCAAAAAUAACUAGUCAGGAGAAAAUUUAAUAAGAAGAUUGAGGGUUAGAGUUGAUCUUAAAGAAAGCAGCUCCAAAAGGAAUUGUCAGGGAAAAAAAAACAAUGUCUUGAUCAGGGCUUACAGCUGAAGUGGUAUUGCUAGCUUCAUAAUCUUUAAUAUCAUCAAGCAAUACAACAAAGGUUUUAUCAAUUUAUUGGCACUUAAAUGUUUAAGAAUCAAUAAGAGUAUGUUUAUGUUGUGUAUCAUCUACAAAGGUACCUGUAACCCUACACAAAUAUCUAGGUGCACCCACAGUCAACAAUUAGGCAAGCAACGCCAAGUCUGGGUGCCCCAAAGUACUGUACAUAUGCAGCAAGUAUUUAGAGCUCUGAGACUUGAUGGUAUUUUUAUUUCAGCUGAAUGAAGGAGAUUCAUAACAAUCAUUAUCUGUGUGUUCAUUGUAUUCAAGUCUAUUUGUUGUAGCACAUGGCAAGAACUUAGUAACAUAUCUCUUGUAAAAUACUCUGAUGAAGAACAUUGAUGGGUAGUUUGGAGGCGAAAAGAAAAGGUAUUUUUCAGAAGGUAUUUUCCAGAUUCUGCAUGCAUAUAGAAUAGUAACUAUGACUCAACCCUCUCCCUGGACUUACAUGUAUCAUAAAGGUGGAGUAUGAUGAUUAUUAGGUGGAGGGUUGUAUGGUAUGUGUACCUCUGUCUGUACAUUAGACUUAUCUGUGGAGCGAAAGAUACUUCUGGAGCAGUUGCAAAUGAGAUUUUAAGUGCAGUGGAAGAUGAAGAAUCUAUCAGUGAAAAUGUGCAGUGAUAUUUUGGUAUGUAAUACCCUUGUGCCUAAUGCUGGUGACCCUGUGUUUGUAAACAAAUUGUGUCCAUUGAGAAUAGAUGUAUUUGAACCACGUGCACACAAACUGUUUUUGUCAUAGGGAGAUUUUGCUCGCUGUCUGUCAUUUGAGUACAUUGUAGGGGAGAAGCUGCUUUGGUAUUUGCAGCUUUAAUAUCAGAUGCAGUUCACUGUCCGGUCCGAUUCAAUAUAGUAACAAAACAACAUCAAGAGGAGUAUGAUCAAAAUCUGACAGAGCUGGCCAAUUUGAACAGAAUAAGUGGAAGGAUGGGGAGGAGAAGAGUUGAAAGUACUGGUCUGGAUUGGCAAAUGUUGUUAGAACAGUGUCUAUUACAGUACUUACAGUAAUCUUUUGCAAGCAAAAUCCCCUCAUUGAGGAAAGCAGUUUGUGAGGUUCAAAUUUGUCUAUUGAGCCAUGUACAAUCAAGUAUGUUUGCAUGCUAUUCUAUUGUUAAGUAACCUGUACUUUGUGUUGAUAUGUGGUAGAGUCAGGUUAUGGUUUAUUUUGUGUUAAGUGUGAGCUAAUGCCUGACUGGGUAUUGUCUAAGAUAUCAGUCAAUUGUUGGACCAAUCACAAUGGAAGAUUACUAUAAUGAUGUUUGAUAAGUUUUGGUUAUUCCAAAGAUCAUGCAUAAUCAUUUUAAGUGGGUAGUAGUUGUAAUUACAUUAUAUCGUGGACAUGUA